AAGGCUGGUGAUGCAACUUUUAACCGUGCCAAGUUACUGAACGUCGGGUAUUUGGAGGCACUGAAAGACUACAAUUGGGAGUGCUUCAUCUUCCAUGAUGUGGACCUGGUUCCUGAAAAUGAUCACAAUUUAUAUGCCUGUGACAAGCAUCCCAAACAUUUGGUGGUUGGCCGGAACGUCACAGGAUACAAGCUACGUUACAAAGGCUACUUUGGAGGAGUCACAGCAAUGACCAAAGACCAGUUUCUCAAAGUGAAUGGAUUCUCAAAUACUUACUGGGGUUGGGGUGGAGAGGAUGAUGACCUUCGCAUCAGAGUUGGGCUGCAGAACAUGAAAAUUUUGCGGCCACCCCCUGAUAUAGCUCGCUAUACCAUGGUGUUUCACCAACGGGACAGUGGCAAUGAAGUGAACAGAGACAGGAUGAGGUUGUUGGGAAGAACACCACAGAUAUGGAGAAGGGAUGGACUCAAUAGCUGCUCAUAUAAGACUUUGUCAGUAGAGAGGCUGCCUCUUUAUGUGAAUGUUACUGUGGACAUUGGUAAGCCACGGAGUUGAGAUGUCAAACAGGAAACCCUGCUGUGGUCCCAACAUAUUGUGAUAUAUUUUAUACAGUAUGUUUAGACCACAGACUGCAGAGAAGCUACUACUGUGUCCAAGAUGUUAAGCACACAAAAUACACAUUGUUUUUGAUUAGUUUACAUAUUAAAACUAAGCUCAGCAGGCAACUACAUCAUUGGACUUUUUUUUUUGCCUAUCAUGAUGCCUUAAUUUUUUUAUAUUGUGACGAGCCUGCAAAAAAAUAAAGGAAAAAAGAAUUAAAACAAUUUUAUUUUCCUGUCAGUUAAUGAUUGGCUUUUUUCAAAUAAUAUAAAUAUUCCUGGUAUUGUUGUAAAUGUAUUGCUGAAACAUACACCUGUCAGACUCUUUAUUUAUAUGUAUGUCUUAAGCAUGAUAUAUUACAGCAUAAAACAUGCUGAUAGUUUAUAUAUGUGUAUUUUGUGUGCUUUAUUCUGUGGAUGCAUUGACUUUUUCUAAAGCCUCUACAGAUGCAGGUGUUGUUACAUAUUUUGCCUAAUUAGACAUUAGCUCAGGACUGUCUGGGAGGUACAGACUGACUGACUGACUGAUAGAAAUCUCUGUUAAGCUCAUGUUACAUUGCUUCUAUUAGGGCAAAACUAUUUGCACCUUUUAAUACGAGUACAUAGAAUGUAGUGACCUCAUGUUUCCCAGCAUAGCUCUGCCCAACGUUAGACUGAGCAGAAGUCUAAUUAGCCAGAUAACAGAGAUCACUGUUGUAGGUGUGCAGAGCCUGUAAGAUCAAAGUUAAUGUUUAGGUUUGAGUCUAGGCUGCUUGGAGAUGUUUGAUUGGUAGCGUAGGUGACAAUGACAUGUUACACACAACCGUAGACUAUGUGUAAUCUGAUGUAAAGUGAUCAGUUGAUUAGAGUAAUUAUUUCAUUAAAGCUGAAUGAAUUUUCCUGCUAAAUGGCAGAAAGACAGAACAUGCUAACAUCAAACUAAUGCCUAAAACAAUUACAGUGCCUAUAAAAAAGUAAUUAUCCCCCUAGAGUCACCAUGUUUUACAGUGUUGAAGCACAGUUGGCUUUUUUAGACACAGAUCAACAAAAAUCUUUAUUGCCUUAAAAAAAAAUUAAAGAAAGAAUUCCUCUAAUUCAAGUGCAAAUAAAGAACAAUAUAAAGGUAAAGACACAUUCACACACUCUUUUAGGUUAAAUGCAUCUAGUGUACAUGUACUGGAUCUGGCAACAACUUUUAAUAAGACAACCACAGACAUAAAGUAGGAAAUACAAAUGAAUGGCUGUUUCUGGUGUUUGCUGAUAGAGGAUAUCAUUAACAUUAAUCUCCUGACAUUACUGCUGUGCAUCAUAAAGUGAAGGAUUAAAAAAUUUAAACAUUAGUACUUUGGGUACAGAAUAACUAUAGUUUUGCAUCAGCCCUACAGCAGACAACAGAUGAACCUUGUGUGCAGAAGAUGAAACACGGACCACUGUAAAGCAAUAAUAAUAUAUAGAGGACUAAUCAUAUUAAGUGAUACUCAACUGAAAUGUUAUUUUGAAAAUGGUGAUAAGUUAUAUUUAUAUUGGUCAACUAAGGUAUUGGUAUUAUAUUUAUAUUGGUCAACGUUUGCUCAAAUUUGAAUCAGAUAGUUUUGUUCUCUUUUUUUUUGUGUACAAAACAUGGAAUCUGAUCUUUUCCAGUUCAAAUUUGUGCCACUUUCAUAUGUAGUCCGUCAGAUACAGAUCAAAUUUUUUUAAACCUCAGUGUGAACGGUCAGAUUGGAAUUCAUGUGACUGACUCACUCCAGAGCAACAGUUGUCACAAUUCUGCACUAGCGGAAAUAAAGCGUAGAAUAAAUUGCUUCACAAAAGCCAGGAUUAAAUAUUUGGCUCUCUGUCUCCUCAUCCUCAUUAUCAUUUGCUCACGAAUUCCCUUUCUUCCAUGUGGAGUCUACUUAAAAAUAAAACUGCAAACGCUAACCUCUAUGGCCACAUUUUGAAAAUAAUGGGAAAAGUCAAUAAAAACAACCUGAUUUGAGCAAUAAAGCCUGCUCUUUGGUAGGCUACUAAAGAACUAAACUAAAUUAUUAUCAUCUUUGGCUGCCCUGGGCCAACUGGCUUUAUUUACAGAUCUUGAGGACCUUGACCAUCUUUGGAUGAACUCUGUUUUAGUCUUAAAGUAAUGUAAAGUUAAAAAAAAAAAGAAAUGUGUGUGAUUCACUCAAGUGUGAUAAAGAAAUAAAUAUUUCAUUUUAUUUUAAUUAAUGUACAUAUUGAACUGUUAGACUAGAACUUUAUAAUAACUACAGAUUGCUCUAGCUUUCACACUGAUUGACUGAACAACGCUUCAUAAAUCUGCAGUAUUCGGUAGCCAUUAUAAAGAUAUACAUUUAGAAAACUAGACCACUCCACUCCUGAAUGAAUGUUUUGGGGGGAGGGUUUCUACAGUGGGUUGAAAACUUUUACAUGUAAAAAUAUAUUGCAAGUGCAGAAGUUACACUACAAAUUCUGAAAAAGAUUUUGUUACAUGAUCCCCUCCUAGAAAAUGUGUAGUAAUAGUGUAGCAUCAAAAACUUUUUAUUUGAGUAAUUUUUUUAAUAUGAAUCAUUGUAUGAAAUUCAAAGAGAUGCCAUUAGGGAAUGUCAUUUAGUAUACUGAUGUUUGGCUUGUAUUAAUUGGAGAACACUGAUCAUACAUUUCACUUUUAAUAGCAUUAUUUUUCUUUUUAGAGCAGUGGUAUAAUAAAUGGUACUUUUUCUUAUGAA